AAACGGUGCAUGAAGAAAGUAAAUUGCUGCAAAGUUCAGGGAUACAAUAAAUCUUCGGUAGUCAGUAGAAAUGUCAUCAUGGAGCAACAUGAAAUCUCGAAUCACAGCUUCUGUGCGAACCACAAAUCGCAUGAAUGCCUUGUUGUCUGAGUCUAUGCUGGGACGACGUAAGGCCUUGACAAAAAUGGCCACUGUGGAUGGAGAUAAUGAAACGGAGGAGGCAAAUGCAAAACCACCUCGAGAUUGGGAAUUUUUCAGAACAAAUUUCAGCAUGGAAGAAGUUUACAAGCUCAUAGAAUCUUCGAUUGAAGAGCGUUUAACAUGGGAUCGGUUCAGUCGUUCUUACGAUUCGUGGCGUUCUCUACAGUUGGCUGAAAGUUUGGCCAGUGAUAUACGUGAUCGAGUCAGGGCAUUUAAUCACAAAAGGCAUCGCAUCGUUUGCAUUCUGUCGGUGAUUGAGAAACAAAAUCAAGGCAUUCACAUGAGCAUGCGCCACUUGAUGGACGAGAAAAUGGACAAUUUUACAAAACUUGUCUAUGAAAGACCAUCAUAUUUCAUUGUGGUUGUCGUUUAUUUAGUUUAUAAGGAUUGA